AUGCAGGAUGUGCCGUCUCGUAGGGUGCCGGAUCAUGGAACAUCGCAGGUUUCGGUUCUGGAUGAACACGGUAACGGUGUCUCUUCGACGACCACCAUUAAUCGAUGGUUCGGAGCAUCGGUCGAAUCUGAGGCUUACGGUAUUGUGUGGAACGACGAGAUGGAUGAUUUUUCUACACCUGGAAUGGCAAACGGGUUUGGCUUUGCUCCAUCGGAAACGAAUUUUAUUGUACCUGGUAAGCGGCCAAUGAGCAGUAUGAGUCCAGUGGUGAUUUUUGACGCGAAGACAAAAGAG